AUGAGACUUGAAACUCGAGAUUUUACAGGCGAGAGUGGUGGUAAUUCAGAUAGGGCCAUUCCGACCACGAGUACUGGUACUGACCAUGAAGAUCAUGAGCUCAGUUUCAUUAUAGGGGAAAUUAACGAGGAUGAAAGUAUCGAUGCAACGAAAGAUACUAAACCCUUAUUAGGAAAUAUGAGCAAGAUGGCUGUGAAUGUAGUAAAUACACUUGAAAAUCAGAGUAAUUUACCAUCUACCCAAAAUGUUUAUCUGGAGGAAGAAGAUCUCAAUAUCAUUUUAAUGGGUUACCGCCUUCGUCGCUUCCGCACAUAUAUAUAUUAUAUUCUUUGUUUUUUGACCGGAGGAUCAUUAUUUCUUCUUGCUCGAUGGAUACCAAAAAUAUGGAUUUGGUGGGUCGGCAAUGCUUGCUCAAUGGGAAAGGCCGAAUUUGUUACCAUAAAGAAUCAAUGGGGUGAGAUUGCGAUUGAAUACGUAAGUCGAAAAUAUUACGGUGGAACCAUUUCGUCUGUAUUUUCGGUUGAUCAGCUUGACGAAGAAGAUAUGGCAAGAAAUAAUUCGAAUCCCGAUGAAUUAUUACAUAAUUUACGCUAUUUUGAUCAUCGUUAUAUACGAUUCAUUUAUCAUCCCGGAAUAGGAAAAUUUUUACAAAAUAGCUAUUGGAAAGAUUCAAGCUGGACAUCUACCAAGGUCUUAAAAAAGGGGAUCACUCGUGCCGUUCAUGAUGAACGUAAAGUUAUUUUUGGGCCGAAUAUAAUUGAUGUUCAGGAGAAAUCGGCUUUACGGUUAUUAACUGAUGAGGUCUUACAUCCGUUUUACAUUUUCCAAGUUUUUUCAAUGAUACUUUGGUUUCUCGACGAGUAUUAUUACUAUGCUGCAUGUAUUCUGAUAAUUUCUGCCACAAGUGUUAUUACUACACUUAUUGAAACAAAACAGACCAUGCAUCGAUUACGUGAAAUGUCUAAAUUUGUCUGUGACGUGAGGAUCUUUCGCAACGGGUUAUGGAGAUAUUCUUCUUCAGAAAAUUUAGUACCUGGAGACAUAUUCGAAAUUUCUGAUCCAAGUCUAUAUGUUUAUCCUUGCGACGCCGUUUUAUUGACAGGAGAUUGUAUAGUCAAUGAAAGCAUGCUUACCGGAGAGUCGGUUCCGGUUUCAAAAUUGCCCAUCACAGAUAUAUCGUUACGUAUGAUGGAUUUGACAGCGGUCAAUGUUCGGCCAGAAAUUGCCAAACAUUUUCUUUUUUGUGGAACAAAGAUUGUGAGGGUUAGGAAAUCCAAGAGCAAUAUCGAUGGAAUUGAAGAUGAAGGAUCAGCAUUGGCAAUGGUUGUCAGGACAGGAUUUAAUACGACUAAGGGUUCCCUCAUUCGAUCGAUGUUAUUUCCAAAACCAAAUAAGUUUAAAUUCUAUCGAGAUGCUUUUCGAUUUAUUGGGAUUUUAUCUUUAAUAGCCGGAAUUGGGUUUUUUAUAAGUACUAUUAAUUUUAUCCGAAUGGGAGUAAAUAUUCAUCUCAUAAUCGUACGCGCUCUAGAUUUGAUUACUAUAGUGGUUCCUCCUGCUCUUCCCACAACGAUGUCUAUUGGUACAAGCUUUUCUUUAGCUAGGUUAAGAAAAGCACAAAUAUUUUGCAUCAGCCCCGCAAGGGUUAACAUCGGAGGAAAGCUCAAUGUUAUGUGUUUUGAUAAGACUGGCACGCUUACCGAGGAUUGUUUAGAUGUACUUGGGAUACGUUGUACGGAUCGAACAAAAAACAAAUUCUCUGACCUUCAUACAUAUAUCGAAACCCUAUCCAAUUUAAAUCCAAAUGAUAUGUCCGUAGACAUUGAGCCCUCAACGAAAUCCGAUUUCUCACCAAUUUUAUAUGCUAUGGCGACUUGUCAUUCUCUUAAGCUUGUUGAUGGUAAACUAAUUGGUGAUCCUCUUGAUCUGAAGAUGUUUGAAUUUACAAAAUGGUUAUUAGAAGAAAGCGUGCAAAAUCCUUCACGUCCUCCAAGUGUUACCGGAAUUUCAAACGACUCAACUUCCUCAUUACGCCAUGCGACACCUAAUUCAAUGGUAGGGUCCGGUAGUAUUGUUCCAACAGUCGUUAGGCCGCCAGGUAGUCGAAAAUUCGAUUUGUCUGACCUUUUGGAUAAUGAUGGAGAAGGGAAGACCACCCCAUUUUUGGAGCUUGGUAUUAUUAGGACGUUUGAAUUCGUUUCUUCAUUACGACGCAUGAGCGUUUUGGUUAAACGAUUACGAAGCCCAACAAUAGAGGUUUAUGUUAAAGGAGCACCAGAGGUUAUGCGUGAAAUUUGUAAACCGGAUUCCUUUCCAGAUGAUUACGAUGAAUUGUUACAUUAUUAUACUCACCAUGGAUUUCGGGUUAUUGCAUGUGCUUCUAGAAGUUUUGACAAAUUAAAUUGGAUGAAGGCUCAGAAAAUCAAGAGAGAACAAGUCGAGCAAGAUUUACAAUUCUUAGGAAUUAUAAUAUUUGAAAAUAAAUUAAAGUCCGGCACACCACCAGUCAUUGAGAAACUUCAACGCGCAAAAAUUCGGCAAAUUAUGUGUACAGGUGAUAACGUCCUCACUGCUAUAAGCGUAUCUCGUGAAUGUGGGUUAAUCAAUAAAAAUACCAAAGCGUAUGUACCAAGAUUUAUCCAAGGAACUUCAAUUACUCCUAGAUCCGAAAUUGUAUGGGAAAGCUUGGAUGAUCCGAAAGAUGUAUUAGAUUCGAAGACUUUAAAGCCAUUAAUACAACCAACAUCAGACUGUUCCAACGAAUGUCCAAUGAUCAACUCUCUUGAUUAUGAUCUUGCUGUUACAGGGCAAAUAUUUGCUCGUAUGUCACCUGACGAGAAACAUGAACUUGUAGAAAAGUUACAACUUAUGGGGUAUUGCGUUGGAUUCUGUGGAGACGGUGCCAACGAUUGUGGUGCUUUAAAAGCGGCUGAUGUCGGUCUAUCUUUAUCUGAAGCUGAAGCUUCUGUAGCAGCUCCCUUUACAAGCCACACAAUGGACAUUGGUUGUGUUAUAGAAGUUAUCAAGGAGGGUCGUGCUGCCCUAGUUACAAGUUUUAGCUGCUUCAAGUACAUGGCUUUGUACAGUAUUAUUCAAUUCACCACCGUCAGUUUGCUAUAUUCUUUUGCUUCUAAUCUAGGAAAUUUUCAAUUUCUUUACAUAGAUUUGUUCUUAAUAUUACCUGUUGCCGUUUUAAUGGGUCGCACGGAACCUUACCCACGCAUACAUCCCAAACGACCCACCGCAAGCUUAGUUUCCAGACGAGUGCUAACAUCCCUUAUUGGUCAAAUUUUAAUUCAAUCGGGAUUUCAAAUUUUUGUUUAUCUAUUAAUACGCAAGCAACCUUGGUAUAAACCGCCUGUUAUCGAUCCAGAUGAUAAGAAUAUUGUUUGCUUUGAGAAUACCAUAUUGUUUAUUUUGUCAUGCUUUCAGUACAUUUUAAUUGCCGCAGUUUUCAGUGUUGGGCCACCUUACAGAAAAUCAAUGCAUAGCAACGCUCCUUUUGUUCUCUCAACAAUUUUCCUCGCACUUAUUACGACCCUUAUCCUCCUAUAUCCGGCCGGUUUUAUACGUCAAAUAUUGGAACUUAAGGUUAUUGAAUACUAUUUUAGAUGGUAUCUUUUGUUUAUUGCGGUUUUAGAUUUUAUUGUAUCGUGGUUAAUGGAAAAAUACGUGUUUGAUCUUAUUGCACAAUGGAUUGGAAAUUUAAUGGGUGGUAAUGUAAAAGUACACAAAAAGAUAUACAAGAAAAUACAAAAUGAAUUGGAUAGGAUUUAA